AUGCCACCAAAUAAACUAACUAGAACAAUAUCAAUUAAUCGAUCAGACAAACGAAAUUCAUUUGUCGAAGAUAAUUCUUUUGUUUUAUCUUCACCAAAAUGGCGUCCUAGUAUCGAUGAACAACAAUUGCCUUCUCUUAACUCACAUAUACAAAAUUCAUUUCGUACGAAUCAACAUUCUUUAUCAUCAUUAAAGAAUACUUUGGCUUAUAAACGUCAACAAUAUUCAUUUGUAGAUAUAACACAUGAAAUUAAUCGUUCUCAAUUAUCUCUACGUUCAAUUUCUUAUGGAUUUGGACUUGGAAUAAAAACAUGGAAAUCAAUACAUGAUGAAAAAAAUCUGCAACAUAAAAAUAUGCUAUCAUUAUCUAAUUAUCAUUUACCAUCUAAUAAAAUAGAACUGGAUAUAAAUCAACAAGAAAUUAUUCGUCGUACUAAAUCUUUUAAAAGAAAAUCACAUAUGAUUUUAUAG